UAUCUUUUUACGCCAGCAACCGCCACUGACACACCGAUCGACGUCGCUCCGCGUUUUACGUGUUUUUCGUCUGUCGAAAGUGAGUCUCGCGCGAAAGUAAGUGUCUGGAGUGCCGAGAAUAGCGAUGUGCGAUCUUCGGGAUGUGUAUUACAGUGCAUCUCCGAUCGAAAAGUCUCCGCGCGAGUGUCGGUGCUAAUGCGAUGGAAUACCCGGAGAGCUGAGAGCAGGAUGUUUGCUUAGAAAACCGGGACACAGGACGUCAAGACGUCAGGAAGCGAGCAGCAAUACGUCAUGUGUGUACAGAUCGCGAUGGUCCAAAUGACAGCGUUGCGUCUGCUCGCGGUGUGCCUGGUCGCUUCGACGUUCGCCCUGAAUGAGGAGCUGUUGGAGCAAGAAUGUCCCGUAGAUUGCCACUGUCACUACUUUCGCAUCAACUGGGUGACGGAUUGCUCGGAUAGCAACCUGACUACCAUCCCAUACAGCGAGCUCAGCCACAAUGUCUAUAUUUUAGACAUGAAUGAUAAUAAUAUCGCGAACAUCGGCCCGUUUCCCAGUGCGAUCAAGCUGAGACGCCUCCAGAUGGCACACAACCGAUUAACCGAGCUGUCAUACGAAUCCUUCGCUGGGUUAACAUAUCUCCUGGAUGCGGAUUUCUCGUACAAUGCCAUCAGGCGGAUCGAUCCUGAGGCAUUUCGGGACAGCCCGGGUCUAAUCACACUCGAGCUCCAGCACAACCCUUUGGACGUGGUCGAGGGACACUUCCUGAAUUGCCGCACGCUGCUCUACCUUGAUCUGAAUUCGUGCGGUAUCCGCCAGCUCGACACACGCUUCUUCUACAACACGACGAAUUUGAACAAGCUUGAUUUGUCGUACAAUCCUUUGCAGAGGAUAGAACCGGGUCCGUUCGAUCAUCUGACGAACAUGGAAUAUCUCAAAAUGAACGGGUGCAACUUAACGUACAUAUCGGCCGAGGCGUUCUCCCACUUGGAGAACUUGCGACAAUUGGAGAUAGCGGACAACGCGCUGAAGACACUGAAUUGGAGGAAUGUUCUCGGGCCGUUGAUGCGCUUGGAGCAUCUUGAUAUCCGCAACACCGGCGUCACAAAUCUACCGGGUGACGCCUUCGCCAAGAACUUGUAUCUUCGACAGUUGGUACUCGCGGACAAUGAAUUAUGGCAUUUGGAUGUCGAAGACACGCUCGGCCACAAUCUGCACAGUCUUCAGUCUCUGGACUUGUCGAAUUGCAACCUGCAAGAUCGCCUUUCCGAAGAGGCUUUCAGAAACGCGAGUAAACUGCGCGUACUCAAUUUAAGCGGCAAUCCAAUGUUCGCCAGCGACUUAACCGUCGUUCUCCGCCACUUGCCAAAGCUCCACAAGCUCUCUCUCAGCAAUUGCAGCCUCCGAAGAUUGCCGAAUGCCUUCGAGAUAUUCGAAAAUCUCGAGGAACUCGACAUCUCUCAUAAUCCGUUAUCCGACGCGUUCGUCAGCCUUCUCAAUCCGUUAAGAUCGCUAGAGUACCUGGACAUGUCAUAUUGCGGCCUCGGUUACGUCGGGAAUAAUACUUUCGCACAAAUGACCUCGCUGAAACAACUGAUCCUCUCUGGAAACGAGCUUCACACGUUGGAGGAAGGACUGUUCGCGAAUCUAACACGCCUAGAAAGCUUAGAAUUGAACAAGUGCGACUUGAAGAUACCGCUAGACCCGAAAGUCUUCGGUGAUCGUCUCUCAACGAAUAUAAUCGAGCUCAAGCUCAACGGCAAUCCGCUCAUCGUACCCAACGAGGGCUCGCUGUUACCGGCGCAACUGUCUAAUCUAGAGAUUCUGGAUCUUGGCAAUUGCGGCAUCUCGCAUCUGAACGAGAAUAUAUUCGCCACGACUAACAAUCUCACGCAGCUGAAUCUCUCGGGAAACCCUAUCUCCGGCGUCGAGAAUCUCAGCUCUCUGAAAAAGCUGCACGCAUUGGAGCACAUAGAUUUGAGUAACAACAAGUUAAGUACAAUUAAUCCGACGGUAUUCAAAGCCAAUCCGCGCUUACUGUCCAUCAAUCUAAUGGGCAAUCCAUUCAUAUGCAAUUGCUCCAUCACGGAGACAUGGGACUGGGCCGUAUACGAAAAGGGUGAUCUCCAUGUGCUCGUUGGCAGCCAGCCGGCCAAUUUCGAGACUGGCUCUGCGAAACGAAGGAAAAAUCUCUCGUGCUCUUACGACGAGGAGACCUAUCGAAACAUGACCGGCGACAGUCGUCAGACAAUUUCGAGUCGCAAGCAUUAUCCCAGCCAGUUCACGCCCUCGCGCACUUGGGCCAAAUAUGUCCGCGAGUCCAGUUGUAGCCGACGUUCAUGAUACGCGAUAACCCAUCCGAUGUUUGACAUCUACUAUCACAAAGUGCGCAAAUACAAACAGGAAUUAUAAGGCGAGUCGCCAUUACUAUUAAAUAUUAUUGCGAUAUUGUUAUAUCGUGUAAGUCACGAUACACAGAUAUCAUGGGGAAUUUAUAUAUCUGUGACAUUAUUUUUUUAGCCAUAAGACUUAAGACCAGAUCUGACACAUGUGGUUUGCGUUAUUAGAAGAUACGCCCGGAGAAGUUACUAAGUCACAAAUACGAUUUUGUAUAUGUAUAUAUAUAUAUAUAUAUAUAUAUAUAUAUAUACAUAUAUGUAUAUAUAUAUAUGUAUAUGUAUAUAUAUAUAUAUAUAUAUAUAUAUAUAUAUAUGUAUAUAUAUAUAUAUGUAUAUAUACAUACAUAUGUAUAUGUAUAUAUAUAUAUAUAUAUAUUAAACAGUCUUUUUCGUACAUAUAUAUAAGAAUAAUUCUCGUAAAAGUUUUCGUUUCAAUUCGAUAAAAUAGUGCGUAAGCCGCGACGAUUAGCUGCCAUUAAGCGACGUUAAUAAAUAAGAUAAAGUUGCAGUAGAAAAAGAGAAGUCGCAAUAGUAGGAUUUAAUCGAAGAGAAAGAUACUCAAAUUAAUAAACAACGCGUCUCUCGAUUUCAAAUGCAAAGAUCAGUGCCAUUCGAAUUUCGCAUGUUUCCAAGGUUAUUUUCGACUUAAGAUUAUCGCGCGGAUUAUUAUGUGCUGAAUGAUUUCGUUUUAAUCACGAAUUGUACAAGACUGUGUUUAAUAAAGUUCCAUAUCGAUCCUUCUUGAUA